GGAAAGGAGCUGCUGGCGUUGUGGAGUUUGAGCAGAGAUACAAAGUUCGUACAACAUGCAGGUCAAGAUGAAGCGUCCGGUUGGCUGUUGUGGCCUCAUCUUGGUUCUUCUCUUCAGCUGCACCGGACAGACUGUGAACCAGGAGAAAGAAUCUGUUUCUCAAGGAACAGACUGCACACAGAUUAAGGCUAACCAACCACAAGCGCGCAGUGGGGUUUACGUCAUCCAGCCAGCUGGAGUCAAGGACAAAUUCAAGGUGUACUGUGAGAUGCUUGCUGAUGGAGGCUGGACAGUGUUUCAGAAGCGCAGUGGCCGAGCAGUUUCCUUCAAAAGAAAAUGGGCAGACUACAGUCAUGGUUUUGGACCUCUGACAAAGGAUCACUGGCUCGGGCUGAAGAAGGUUUACCUUCUGACCAAGAGCAAAGUCAAGAACUGGACCAUGAGGGUGGACCUGUGGGACCAUGAAGGUGGGACUGCUUUCGCCGAGUACAACAAUUUCCGACUGGGGAAUGAGACAGAUGCCUUCAAACUGCAUGUCGGGAAUUACAAUGGAGACGCAGGCGACGCCAUCCGUGGUGCCUAUACAGGCAUUGACCAGAAUGGCUACGGCUUCAGCACCGCUGACCGCGACAACGACGGCUGCUCCCCAUGCGUCUUUGGUGACGUCGCAGAAAGCGACUGUGCCCUUUUUGAAGGUGGCGGCGGCUGGUGGUACAGCCAGUGUGGCUCUGCCAGCCUGAACGGCGACUGGCAUCCUGCUGGUGACCACAUCGGUUGGGCUUCAGGCCUUCACUGGCUCACCUGGAGACCUCCUGCACCUUACUCUGCCAAGGCCAGCAGAAUGAUGAUCAAGUCUGUGUAACAGGAGCCCACGCUGGACAUCCUGUUUCUCUCUUGGUAUUUCCUUCAGAUAUGUUCCAAGAGUUUAUCAGAAGAUGUGUAAAACGGUGUCAGUGUCUGUCAGAGGGUUGCAGGCAGUCAUGCUUAUUUGUAGUGCAGAACCAUGUAUUUCUGUACCGUGGCUUUGCUAUGGAUUUUAGGUCAUUAAAAACAUAAACCUGUUAAAGAAAAA